AUGGAAGGGAAGACGCCAAUGGAUGUGGAGCAUGAACUUGGAUGGAAAUGCGAAAGCAAGCAAAGGGAUGGAAGGUGUGUCCACUUGUCACCAUUGAAGAAGCGUAAGAUAGACGCCGAAACAACAAAGGAAAGACACACGCAGAUAGUCAAGUGCCUAAAUGAUGGGAAAAGGCCUGUUGCAAAGAAAGCCAAGUGGUUUUCUGCUGCAAGUGCUGCACGGCUUCCCAUGAUGGCAAUAGGGUACCUCCAUCUGGUACUGAACCUCGUUGUCAUAGCAUUUGUAUGCUAUGUCAUUCUGUAUGUACUGGUAGGACUGGAGAGAGACAUGAGAUAUAGGAUAAUUAACAGAAGGACACAGAUACGGCAGCAGAUAGAGGAGGCAAAGGCAUUAUACAAAAUCAACAAGUGCGAUCCAGCUACAAGAGUGCCUGCAAUAGAGGAGCUAUGCAACAAGUGGGAGUGUGUAAUCAAAAAUGGAUAUUGGUCUGUAGGAUAUACUCGCAUCAUUGCAGAGGUUUUUGGAGAUGUAAUGGACGGGUUUAUCAGGAAGUUUUCUAUAAGGAGCUCCUUGACAAUUGGGUUUUUCUUCGUUCUAUUCCUUAUGUUCAGAAGGACCUCUAAGACUUGA